GGCAGCACUGUCACCCUCUGUUAUGUUCCAACAGUCGUCUGUUACAGCAGCUGUUUCAGUUAUUGUCAUCCCCCACUUGUGUACACACUGUUUCGACGUUAAGAUUUUUGCUGACUUUUAUUUAUAAACAGAAAACACGGGAAAACAUGGUAUAAACCGUGAUCCAGACACCAACACGAACACACACCGCCCACGUUGUUGUUGUUUUGAAUUUUGCAAUUGCGAACUGCGAGUAUCGCCUCCGGAACUCCAAAGAUUAUGCACCUAAGUUUCACGCUGCAUAGAAAUUGAUUCGAAGAAAAGAAGGAAAGGCAACCAAGCGGAGAUACAGAGAGAAAAAGAAAGUGCUCGGACGGCCUUGGGCUGAAAAACGGGAGCAGCGAGAGGCAACCCAAUUAAGUAGAAGUAGCCCAGGCUGGUGGGUUCAGUAGGUCACUGCCGCACCGUUUUUGCAAGGGGGCAGUGGCCCAAGGACAUCUGGGAGGAGGCCAUAAACCAUACACCACCCACCACCCACCCGUCCACACCCACUGCAAAGGAUAUAGAGCCAGCCACCCAUCAAUUGGCAAUGAGACGGUGCGCUGGCAAUGCGCUCACUUGAAGGCAGCCGUCGACAGGUCGAGCAGCUGCAGCUGGUGCUGGAAGCCAAGGAUCAGGAUCAGGAGCGCAAUACCCGCCAGGAGCAGGAGCAGCCAGUCCCACGGCCAUCGAUGGCCAACGAACGCAAGCAGAGCGGUCCCAAGGUGGAGCUAACAAAGCUCAGUCACGAGCUGAUCGAGGAGGUCAAGCGCAGCCAGGAGGACUCCUUGCUGUCGCGCCACCUGCGCCACGAACUGGAAAAGCUGUGCCGCGAUUCUCGUCGCGAGCUGGUGCGAAAGCAGCGCAAUGGCUGCGCCCCCCUCUUCAUCGCCUGCAAACGAGGUGCCGUGGACAUCGCCGAGUAUCUGAUCACCAUUUGCGAGGCGGACAUCGAGCAGAGGGGCCACUUCGAGGUGCCCGAGGAUAAUAGCUUUCACUAUGUAUCGCCUCUUUGGGCGGCCGUCGUUUCUGGGAAGCUGUCCAUGGUCAAGUACCUGGUACGCAUCGGUUGCGACAUUAAUGCCACCUCCGAUUCGGGAUCGACGCCGGUGCGAAGUGCCUGCUACAUGACCCACAUUGAUAUCGUCAAGUUCCUGGUUGAGAACGGUGCUGACAUCAAGCGACCCAACAUCAAUGGCGGCACCUGCCUGAUUAACUCGGUGCAGUCGGUGCAGUUGUGCUUGUAUCUGGUGCGCAAGGGGGCUGACAUAAACGCGAGGGACAUUCAGGACAAGACGGCGCUCCACUACGCAAUCCAGGAGCACCGUCUGGAUACCACGAAAAUGUUGAUUGAGCAAGGCGCAGACCCAUAUGCCAAGAGUCGGUACGGUGACGAUGCCCUUCGAACUGCCUGCCUUAAGGGAGCACAUCAGAUCUUCGACUUCUUGAAAAAAGAGUUGCAUUACACGCCUGCAAGGUUGGCAGAGGCCCACGAGCUGAUGGGAUCGACGUUCCUUGAUGAGCACAACGAGUCGAGGGUGUGCAUCCUGCACUGGCGCCUGGCGCAUCACAUACGGGCAGCUUAUCCUCCGUAUAUAGAGAAAAAACCGCAGGUUCCUCUGCGCACUGCCUACGAGAACGCAGUGGAGUUUAGUACGCUAGAGGAGCUGGAUAACAUUGCCACCGAUAUGGAUGCAAUGCGGACCCAGAGCCUACUCAUAUGCGAGCGUGUUCUGGGACUGACCCAUAAGGAUAUGCUGUUUCGCUUAACUUUUAGGGGUGCUUCGUAUGCGGACUCACUCCAGCUGCAACGCUGCAUUGAUUUGUGGCGCUUCCUGCUCGAAGUGCGCGUGUCCAACUGGUCUAUCCUGCAUUUUGAAACUUGUUUUGCGGCACAGGCGCUGGUGCGGUUGAUGCUGGACUUGCAUGUCCAGAACUCCAGUCAUAUAAGGAGCGAUGCAAGAGCAAGGUUUGUCCAUCAGGAUAAAGUGUUGCCCAGGUUCGAGGAUGUGCUCGGUGUAUUUCGAACACUGUCGGAGAGCGCCAUUGUGGUGAAGCACCUGCUGCUCUUAAGGCCUGUUUUCAGGAGACAGCAGGAGAACUACGACCGGGUGAUGAGGUGUUUGGCCCACCUUAUCUAUUUGCUGAUCAAUACCGUCCACACGGAGGCGCAGAACAAGCUCAUCUGCCAGGCGGUCCACGAAGCGGUGGUGGUGGGAAACUUGCGGAGUGCCAGCACCGCCGACACCAUGCUUCAUCUCUGCGCCUCGCGGCUAAAUGUAAUUAAGAGCGGCUACAUCACUGAUGACAACUUUGCCGAUAAGACUGUGUUCCCUAAUGCGGAAGUCAUCAAGCUGCUCAUCCAGUGCGGUGUCGAUGUCAACAUAAAGAACGAAGCCAAAUCCACUCCUCUGCAUGUGGCCUGCCAGCCCUACAACUAUGACAAUGAGAUUGUUCACCUUUUGCUCAAGUGUGGAGGUGACAUCGACCAGCCGAAUCGCGCUGACAAGCGGCCCUACGACUUAAUAGCCUCCAAUCCCACCAGCACCAUUCCACUGCUCAACUUCGUAACCCUGCAGUGUUUGGCGGCCACAGCGAUAAGCAAACACCGCAUACCCUACCACAAUCAGUUGCACAGGCAGCUGGAGAAGUUCGUCCGAAGUCACGAACCGUGAGAAGGUAGUUUAGGUGGAAAAAACGCUGAAUCGAAGCCGGAAAUGUGUUUAAUGUCUAUGUCUUGUCUAAAUUAAAGGCGUUUCCACUUAGGAUGAUUACCCCCUUUUGGAAUUUUCAAAAUUUCACCUGUGUCGGUAACUUUGUUUCGCUCUAUAUAUUAAAUAUAUAUAUAUACAGAUAUCUAUACCUAUUGUUAAAUCGACUCUACGUAGUUUAAUACUCCAAUCGAGAUCAGAAGAUAUAGAUGCAAAAUCAGAACAAACAUUGUAACAGAACAAGCAAAAAGUGUAAACGAUGAACGUGAUAUUAAAAACUAUAUAUAUAUAGA